AUGUCUAACGUCGCUGUGAGAGUUAUUUCUAUAGUUAUAGGUGUAUUCUUGAUAUCCUUUGGGACAUUGAAACUAGGCCCAUUAUUUAUUGAUGAGUUAUAUCGUAGUGUGAGAAAGAGUUCCAUUAGAAUGCUUGAAACAUUUCCACUUAGUUCAUUGACUGAAUGGAAUGUUAGUCCUGAUGUAAUCAGGCGAGUUUAUGGAGCAAUGGAAGUUGUGGGUGGUGUUGUGCUUGCAUCUUGUCCAGGUAUCGCACAAGAUGUCAGCAAUGUUGUACUGCUUGUCUUGAUGUUACUCCACUUGUUUGGCAUUUGGCGUGCAGGAGAUGGGUUAGGAGAAGCAUCCAAUGCUAUUGUAUUAUGCUUGAUGUUGACCUGCAGAUUCAUCAUAAGAGUUCAACUUAUGCAAAAGAAUGAGGAAGCCACUGAAAUGCUUGAAUAUGUUAAAAAGGAUAUGCGAAAACAAAUUAUUAUGCUACAAAGGGAAUUCAAGAAACUGGAUGCUGCCUUCAAUCAAUUAGAACAAAACACUCAUAAGGCUGAACGAAAUAAUGACAAUAAUUCUUCCGACCCAACCAAAUCAUGA